AUGACGCAGGGAGGAGAGGGUGGCGAUGGAGACAGGGAGAGCGGCAGGGGAGGGGCUUGGAGGGAGGGGGGCGGAUGGCAUGGCGUGGACAUGAGGGUGGCGGGUGCCGUAGCUGUGACGUGCACGCACGGCAGGUGUGGGGGGAGCGGAUGGGGCGCUGUGCAGCACGAGAGAGGUGAGGCGAGAGAGGCCCGUGAGGGACAGCAGCAGCGCUGCCAGGAAUGCCAUCUGCUGCUCCCCUCCUCCCGCCCCCCUCCUGCCCCCAGCCCGCAUGGCACCUCCAGGUGCUCCAACCUCGUGAGCACCCCCAUGCUGACACCUGCUCCCUCAUUCUCGCCACUUCUUCGCCUCUCAUCGCCUCACCCUCCCCUCCUGCCGCCUCGCCCUUCCACCCUUCCUCCUCCCCCCCCCCUUUCCUCCUCGCGCUCCCCCCCUUUCCUCACUCCCCCCCUUUCCUCCUCUCCUCCCCCCUUUCCUCCUCUCCCUCCCCCUUUCCUCCUCGCCCUCCCCCCUUUCCUCCUCGCGCUCCCCUUUCUCCUCGCGCCUCCCCCCUUUCCUCACUCCCCCCUUUCCUCCUCCCUCCCCCCUUUCCUCUCUCCCUCCCCCCUUUCCUCCUCCUCCGCUCCUCCCCCCCCUUUCCUCCUCUCCCUCCCCCCUUUCCUCCUCUCCCUCCCCCCCUUUCCUCCUCCUCUCCCUCCCCCCUUUCCUCCUCUCCCCUCCCCCUUUCCUCCUCUCCCUCCCCCCCCUUUCCUCCUCUCUCCCUCCCCCCUUUUCCUCCUCUCCCUCCCCCCUUUCCUCCUCGCCCUCCCCCCUUUCCUCCUCGCGCUCCCCCUUUCCUCCCGCCCCUCCCCCCCUUUCCUCUCUCCUCCCCCCUUCCUUCCUCCUCUCGCCCUCCCCCUUUCCUCCUCUCCCUCCCCCCUUUCCCCUCUCCCUCCCCCCUUUCCUCCUCUCCCUCCCCCCUUUCCUCCUCCUCUCCCUCCCCCCUUCCUCCUCUCCCUCCCCCCUUUCCUCCUCUCCCUCCCCCCUUUCCUCCUCUCCCUCCCCCUUUCCUCCUCUCUCCCUCCCCCUUUCCUCCUCUCCCCUCCCCCCUUUCCUCCUCUCCCUCCCCCCUUUCCUCCUCCGCUCCCCUCCCCCCCUUUCCUCCUCUCCCUCUCCCCUUUCCUCCCGCCCCCCUUCCUCCUCUCCCUCCCCCCUUUCCUCCUCUCCCUCCCCCCUUCCUCCUCUCCCUCCCCCCUUCCUCCUCCUCUCCCUCCCACCUUUUUUCCCCUUUCCUCCUCACGUCCUCCCUUUUCCCUCCCUCCCCCCUUCCUUCCUCCCCUCCCUCCCCGCCUCCCCCCUUUCCUCCUCCCUCCUCCUUUCCCCAUUCCUCCUCCUCCUUCCUCCCCCCCUUCCUCCUCUCCUCCCUCCCUUUCCCCUCUCCCCUCCUCCCCCCUUUCCUCCUCCUCCCUCCCCCCCCCCUUUCCUCCUCUCCCUCCCCCCUUUCCUCCUCUCCCUCCCCCCUUUCCUCCUCUCCCUCCCCCCUUUCCUCCUCGCCCUCCCCCCUUUCCUCCUCGCCCUCCCCCCUUUCCUCCUCGCCCACCCGCCACAGGCAGGAGCACACGGUGA